UGUAAUUGUACUGCCUAUGAAAAGCAGAAGUUGGUGUACAUCAGGAAACACUCACAAAAUUUUUGCAACAGUUUGGAUAAUAUCUAUUAUUCUAUCUUCUCCUGCCUUUUACAUCAUGAACGUAAAGUACAAGAACUUCCACAACAAUGUGUCCAGUGUGACCUUGACCUUCUGUGAUGACAGUCACGUAUCUGAGCAGUUUCGCAUUGUGUUUAGCUUCUGCAAACUAAUCCUCAUGUUUGCUAUUCCUACAGUCAUUAUGGCAGUUUGUUACACCGGAGUUAUAUAUGCCCUGUGGGUCAGCUCAGCACAGCUCACCAAACUCACUACAGUGCCGAGAGGACCAGGUGGAGACAGAGUUAAUAGGCAGUUAGUGAGGUACUCCAGUGUGUACUCUGACAAUAAUACAACAAAUAAACCGUGCUGUAUAAAACAUGACGGAUCUUUACAUCAGUCUCACACCUUAAAUGCCAGAAAACAGAUUAUUAAGAUGCUAAUCGCCGUAGUUCUUGUUUUUCUAAUUUGCUGGGGCCCAAAACUAAUAUUUGAUGUCAUCAGCAAAAUGGCACCAGAGAUUCUUUUCUACAAUGAAGUUUUUAGAAUAAAGAUUGCGAUAGAGUGCCUGCCGUACAUUCAGUCUUGUGUUAACCCUUUUGUGUACUGCUUUAUGUCCAAAAAGUUUCGAGAAAGUAUACGCAUGUCUUGUCGUUCUGCGCACCUAGAAUGCCACCUGCAGGCCUGUUUUUGUCACACGGGAGUAAGGGACAAUAUCUCCCAGCAUUUCGAGCUGGAGUCUAAGGGCAGCCAAGGCACUGGACAGACACGACUGACCACAAAUCGGCCGAAUACAAGUAGAUCAGCAUCCUCCACUGAUGAUCCUUUUAAUACGGACAAAAGGGACCAGGUCUUUUAAGAAUAAAUUUCAGCAAACGGAGUUAUUCAAAGCAGAAAUAUCGGACUUUUCUGAUAAGGGUUUCUUGCAUGAUAAUUAUAAGAGAAACUUGUCUUCUGUUGCUCAAGGAAGUAUACGCUGAUUGUAAGCAGAGCUUAAUUUAUGUGUAAUUCUAUAUAAUUUGUAUAAAUAAGAAUACACAAA